AUGUCGCGACGAGGCGGUGGACCCGUGACGGUGUUGAACGUAGCGGAGAAACCUUCCGUGGCGAAGUCAGUCGCGGGGAUUCUAUCCCGGGGAAGUUUCCGGACUCGGGAGGGUAGGUCUCGGUAUAACAAAAUCUUCGAGUUCGAUUACGCCAUCAAUGGCCAACCAUGUCGCAUGCUUAUGACCUCCGUCAUCGGUCACCUGAUGGAGCUUGAGUUCGCCGAUCGCUUCCGCAAAUGGCACUCGUGUGACCCGGCAGAUCUAUACCAAGCUCCGGUCAUGAAAUACGUUCCCGAGGACAAAAAAGAUAUAAAGAAGACACUGGAGGAGGAAGCAAGGAAAAGCGAUUGGCUUGUGUUGUGGCUUGAUUGUGAUAGGGAAGGUGAAAACAUUGCAUUUGAAGUUGUAGAUGUUUGUAGAGCUGUUAAACAAAAUCUUUUUAUACGGAGGGCUCAUUUCUCUGCGUUAAUUGACAGGGAAAUUCAUGAAGCAGUACAAAAUCUCAGGGAGCCUAAUCAAUUGUUUGCUCAGGCUGUAGAUGCUAGACAAGAAAUAGACCUACGCAUUGGUGCUUCUUUCACUAGAUUUCAGACUAUGCUGCUGAAAGAUAGGUUCUCUAUUGACCCCACGGGUGGUGAGGAGAGGAGUCGUGUUAUUAGUUAUGGUCCUUGUCAGUUUCCUACACUUGGAUUUAUUGUAGAGAGAUACUGGGAGAUCCAGGCACAUGAACCAGAAGAGUUUUGGACAAUCAACUGUUCUCACGAAUCACAAGAAGGCCUUGCCACCUUUAAUUGGAUGCGUGGUCAUCUCUUUGAUUAUGCUUCAGCUGUCAUAUUAUAUGAGAUGUGUGUCCAGGAACCUACUGCCACGGUAAUGAAUGUCCCACAUCCAAGGGAAAAAUUUAAAUACCCUCCUUAUCCUUUGAACACCAUUGAACUUGAAAAACGCGCUUCAAGAUACUUCCGCCUGAGUUCAGAGCAUACUAUGAAGGUAGCAGAAGAGUUAUAUCAGGCUGGUUUCAUCAGCUAUCCUCGUACAGAGACCGAUUCUUUUUCGAGCAGGACUGAUUUACGUGCUAUGGUGGAGGAACAAACAAGACAUCCUGCAUGGGGUCCAUAUGCACAAAGACUACUAGAACCUGAGGGGGGCCUCUGGAGAAACCCUGGGAAUGGUGGUCAUGAUGACAAGGCUCACCCUCCCAUUCACCCAACAAAAUUUUCUAGCGGAGAGUCUAACUGGAGCAGAGAUCACCUCAAUGUAUAUGAGCUAGUUGUCCGCCAUUACUUAGCAUGUGUUUCCCAGCCAGCAGUUGCUGCUGAAACUACAGUCGAAAUUGAUAUUGCUGGCGAGCGCUUUUCUGCAUCUGGGAGAGCAAUAUUAGCUAAAAAUUACCUUGAGGUAUAUCGCUUUGAGUCAUGGGGAGGUUCAGUGAUUCCAGUGUACGAGAAAGGGCAGCAGUUUAUCCCAACACGUUUGACUCUUGAUUCAGCGGUAACAAGGCCACCACCACUAUUGUGUGAAGCUGACUUACUGAGUUGUAUGGACAAGGCAGGCAUUGGCACCGAUGCGACAAUGCACGAUCACAUAAAGAAACUCCUUGAUCGGGGUUAUGCUACAAAAGAUGCUAAUACGCGGUUUUCUCCAACCAAUCUGGGCGAGGCGCUUGUUAUGGGAUAUGAUGACAUGGGGUAUGAACUUUGGAAGCCAAAUCUCAGAUCCAUCAUGGAACAUGAUAUGAAUGAAGUUAGUGUUGGAAACAAGACUAAAGCUGAUGUUCUUGAAACUUGUUUGCAGCAAAUGAAAGCUUGUUUCUUAGAUGCAAGAGUCAAAAAAGCAAAGCUCCUAGAAGCAAUGACAAUUUUCUUUGAAAGAUCUAAUAACACUGAUGAAGGUGAAAAUCAGACAGCUGGUGAAGUUGUCCGGCGAUGCAACCUUUGCCAUGAAUCAGAUAUGGCGCUCAGGAAGAAUCGGGAUGGCAAUUUCAUGGUUGGAUGCAUGAGUUAUCCUCAGUGUCGAAAUGCAGUCUGGCUUCCUGGACCUACACUUGAAGCAUCUGUCACUACUGAUGUUUGUCAAUUCUGUGGUCCAGGUCCUGUCUACAAGAUACGUUUCAAGUUCCGUCAAAUUGGAAUUCCACCAGGCUUUGAUAUUAAUCACUUAGGCUGCGUUGGUGGCUGUGAUGAUACUCUUAAACAGUUGAUAGACAUCUGUGGAACUGGAUCCCGUUCUCAAGCAAGGACAGCUCCAGCUCCAGGAGGUGCAUCCUCGAACAAUUUCCAAGGAAGCAACAUGAGACAGAAUAAUGCCUGCAUUCACUGUCAACAACGAGGACAUACUUCUGCCAAUUGUCCCUCACGGGUUUCAGGAUCUCGAAAUCCUUGUCCUACGGGAACAAAUCCUAGAAACGAUGAAUCAACUACAGUAUCAUGUAAUACUUGUGGAACACCAUGUGCUCUUCGUACAGCUAACACAGAAGCUAACAGGGGAAGGAAAUUCUUCUCAUGUCCAUCACAAGGCUGCAAUUUCUUCGCAUGGGAAGAUAGCAUCAACAACAAUACUGGGAAUGCAACAACAGGAUCUAAUAGCGGUGGUAGACGCGGCCGUGGAGGUAGAGGCGGCCAAAGCGGUGGUGGAACAAGCUUCGUCUCUGCAACUGGAGAGCCAGUGAGUGGUAGAAGGUGCUUCUCAUGUGGUGAUCCUUCACAUUUUGCUAACGCUUGCCCUAACCCGCGUCCUGGAGAUCGAAUCGUUGCUCUUCAUGUUCUCGAUUACGCUCUUGAAGGCUCAACGUCGCUUAUUUCGCUGGUUAGGAGUUUUGAUACUAUGCUUGGUGUUUAUGAAAGCUUCUGCAACUUAAAACAGGUAGAUUUGAAGCUAAAGGUUUUCAGAGGGAAGUCAGCUAGGAAAGUUCUUGUACAGGAAGUGAAAUCGAGUGGAGCAACUAGUUUAAUCGUAGGCUCUUCUAGGAGACAUCACACUAUCCGUUCAUCAGCUUCCUUAGCUAAGUAUUGUGCAAGGAAUCUUGCUAAGGAUGUCUCUGUUUUUGCUGUUAAGAGUGGCAAAAUUAUGUUCCGCAGAGUACCGAAUAACAACGGUGUAGAUGGAUCACAAAUGAAUCUUCCUUCUUUAGUUUGUGGAUCACCAGAUAUUGCUAUUGAAGCGUCAAAGAUUGGAAACACUUUUAGUCCUGCAAGAAUGAGCUCACGCUGGACGAGAACUAGUCGCAGUUCAUCGUUGCAGUCUACUGAAAGCGUAGGGGUAGACAAUUCAUUGGCUUUAGUGCCAAUGCAAACAAGUGAGAGUGAUUCAGGUUCCCUUGAGUCAGGACCAGGUUGGCAUUUUCUUCGUGGGAUUUACUCUAAUCGGAAAAGCUGGACCAAAGUUUCUGCUAAGAAGGCUGUACUUCAGUGGGUUUCAAGGCUGCGGGGUCGGAAUUCAGCAGCUGGUUGUGAUGAAGAUUGCGCUUCUAGCAUCGAUGGCGAAGAUGUUUCCAUUUCACGAUCCGGUUCUGAGCUUAUGCAGUCUCCUCUUUCUCCCUGCAUCGGAUCAAACAACAUUCCGGAAGAGCUGGAGGGUCUACAUGAAAAGUACUCUUCCACAUGUAGAUUAUUCACGUACGAGGAAGUUUUGUCAAUUACCUCAAAUUUUGCAUCUGAGAACUUGAUUGGAGAAGGUGGUAAUAGUUAUGUUUAUAGAGGAGACCUACCAGAUGGUAGAGAACUGGCUGUCAAAAUAUUGAAGCCUUGUCUGGAUGUGUUGAAGGAAUUUAUACAGGAAAUUGAAGUCAUUACAAGUGUACAUCACAAGAACAUAGUAUCUCUCUUUGGUUUCUGUUUUGAGAAUAAUAAUUUGAUGCUGGUGUACGACUAUCUUCCACGAGGAAGCCUUGAAGAGAACCUUCAUGGUAACAGGAAGGAUGCAACAAACUUUGGCUGGCUGGAGAGAUAUAAAGUGGCAGUGGGUGUUGCCGAGGCGCUAGACUAUCUGCAUAAUACUCAUGAUCCAGAAGUGAUCCACCGAGAUGUGAAAUCCUCCAAUGUUCUUCUGGCAGAUGAUUUCGAGCCACAACUAUCAGAUUUCGGAUUUGCCAGCUUGGCUUCAAGUGCAUCACAGCACGUGUCAUGUGGGGAUAUUGCUGGGACAUUUGGUUACCUAGCACCAGAGUACUUCCUGCACGGUAAAGUAACCGACAAGAUUGAUGUCUAUGCCUUCGGUGUUGUAUUGCUCGAGCUCCUAUCGGGUAGAAAACCAAUCUGCGUCGACCAGUCGAAAGGCCAGGAGAGCCUAGUCUUGUGGGCAAACCCAAUUCUCGAGAGUGGAAAGUUUGCUCAGUUACUGGAUCCAAGUCUAGAAACUGAUAACAGUAACGAUCUAAUCGAGAAACUAUUGUUAGCUGCUACGCUAUGCAUCAAACGCACACCUCAUGACCGUCCACAAAUGGGCCUUGUCCUAAAGAUCUUACAAGGAGACGAAGAAGCAACAGAGUGGGGAAAGCAACAAGUGAGAGCCUCAGAAGACGAAGCAGCGGACUUGACAAAUAUAGAAUCACACAUAAACCUUGCAUUGCUUGAUUUGGAAGACGAUGCAGCUUCUGAUAGUAGCCCUGAAGCUAGUAGUAUCUCCGUUGAGGAUUACCUGAAAGGGCGAUGGAGCCGCACUGCUAGCUUCAACUUUAACUAA